AUGACGGAUAAGGAAGAUGCCAGUGAGUUUAUUAUUGUUGAUGAUGAUGAAUCAAAACGACGAGAGGAGGACCCGACGCAGGAAAACAUUCAACUGUCGCUUACACCUCAGAAUGCAUCGGAUCACACCGUUUCCCCAACAAACUCCCACGAGUCGGUUCUUGCUUUGAAGAGGGGAGAUAUUGUUGAUGGUGCUGCUCGCACGGGUGUGAGCAUCACAACCAACCUUGUCUUUUCGGCAACUGUGGCCAACCCGAUAGCGGCGGCAGCGGUCGCUGCAUACGAGUCAUUCCGCGCUGUCAGCGACUACCGGCGUGGGGCGCUUAACGUAUUGGGAUUGCCAAUGGAUCGUACGGAUUUGGCGUUGCGCAUUGGCAAGGAGGUUGGAACCGCAGCCACUGGCUUGGCGAUUGGAUACGCCAUUGGAUCGCUGAUCGGGUUGGGUUCCAUUCCAGUGGUUGGGCAAGUUAUUGCAACUACAGUGCUUUCUGUUGCUUUAAACUUCUGCGUUGUAACGCUACUCACUCGGCAUGUUGAUCGUCUAAUUCUUAAAAUUAAGCUUAGGAGACAGUACGGGUACCCCCGUAACGAACAGGGGGCCCGGAGGCGCUUCGAGGAACUACUCGAACCACAGCAUUGCCUGCUCUCCUUUGAGACAUGCCGUAUCGUCCAACACUACAGAGAUUACCGAGUGGCAUGCGGGUGGGAGGGUCUCACGGAUAUUAGCGAGUACCGUGCCUCGGCUAAUAUUGCGUUGAUGCCUAUAUCCUUCCAGCAUUUUGCGAUAGUUCAGCUGCAGCGGAAGUGGGGUUUUGUAAACGAACGCAAUGAGUGCAGAAAGGUUUACAGAGCACUUUUGCUCGUGCACCACCCCGACAGAGGCGGGAGCGGUGAGUUGACGGGUGUGCUGAACCAUGACUUUGAGGUCUACGCCUUCUGCCAGGGCUGGCAUGAGGAUUGCCGGCGUUUGUGUCAAGAAAAUGAGGAAGCAAUCCACACAGAUGGUGCGCGGCGCCCCCGAAAACGAAAGAAGAAUGCCGUUGUGAGCUUUCUGCAAUCGCUGUUUCGUACUGGAAAGAACUCUUCACAAGAAGCCCAAGAGCUGUGUGACAGUGGACUCUUGGCGUUAGAAGCGGGGACCCCACUGGAGUUGAGCGAACUGGAGGAACUUAGCGUGGACGAGCCGGAUGAAAGUGUCGCUGAUGAGGAAUACGCAGUUUCGGAAACGAAAGCUUCGACGACGCAGCACAGCAUCUGUGUAGUACUAGCCGCUAUUCAGCGUUGUUACCAACUCACAACCGAGGCAGUUCCGUUUUCGUGGUUGAAACAGCUGCACAGGGAUUGUGAGGGAUGGUCGCGGCUCAAGGUCAACGUGCACAUGUUCAUCAGAAUGCAUGUAUUUGUUCACAUCGCGGAUGAAGUCGCUGCGAGGGAUACCGCAACGACCGUUUUACCCGUCGAGCGUUCCUGCUGUGAUUUCCGGUGGUGCACAAAAUGUGAGGCGGUGGCAAAGCGUGAGGAUCUAAGGAGGACAAUUGUCGCAACUUGCUUUCCAAAGCACGUGACCGGCAAGUUGAUCGAGGCAUUUGAGUUGUGGAAAACCGCGCAAAGCCUCGCCCACAGCUUUUUCAAGCAGCACACCGGUGCCACUGCUGAUGUAACAGUGGUGGCGGGGACGGGACAGACACUCAGUGCGCUGUUUGACAUACAGACCGCGAUACAAGCACUCUGCACCGGCGACAGCGAUUCGUUGGAAGAAUCUGAUGAAACAGAAGAUGAGAGGACGCUGGAAUUCGCGGAUGAGGUGAGAAUCAUCGGGCUUAUUGCGGGGUUUGCGCUUUCGGGAGCACACGCUGUUGAUACGCACCAGCGACUACGGGAAACGUGCAAGGAAUAUUACAGAGCGCGGGACAGCAAAAUGAAGAGUGUUGCGUCACUGCGGCACGCAACGCAUGACGUAGGGGGGCGAACCUCCAAAUCUACCGCUAAGAAGGAAAAAUUGAAGUCGAGCGAACAACGUGAAGGGGACACAAAGGAAAGUUUGCUUUUUCACCAAGUGUUUACGGAGGUAGACGCCGCCACGUGCGAGUUAUACAAUAUCUACAGUGUGCACCUGCCAGAAAAUAUUGGGUUCUUCAAAUUGCUGCCUUCCUCCUGCGCCCGUUGCGCGCACCAAAAAUGUGAAAUUCGGCGCUAUGUAAAAUACGAGCGUGAACGUACCUUAGUGAGUUACAAGCACGUUGUGGUUGAGCCCCGAAAUGUAUUGGAACCCCACAAACCUGCAACCUAUCAGGGGAUGGUGUUAAAAGAUGGAAAAGAGAUCAGCGAAAUCGAGUUUGCCCUGUUGUGCGCUGAGUAUGUGGAUCCCAUCAGCGGCACCGUUACACCAUGCUGGCUCAAGCGGUAUACAUUCCCAAAAUAUGAAAAUGAGUCUUCGGUACAAACAACCAAGGUAUUCAAAACCCUCAUGGAACGUGAGCUGCGACUUCAGGAGACGUGCGCGUCCUGUCGCGUGACCUCUGCAAUUGAAGUAUUCGGUGAUGAGCACACAAAUCAAAUAUAUUUUCAUCUACCCCGGGGCGGAACACAAGUGCGAUUUAGCUCACCCCAGGACAUCUUAAAAAGAAUCAAACAACACGGGGUUCGAUGGCUCCACGGCGCCUUGCAGGCUAUUAUUGACAUUCACUCGUGCCAGGUAACCCAUGGCGAUAUCUGCAUGUCCAACUUCACACAUGAUGACUUUGGAAAUACGACGCUCGGAUUUUUUUCAAACUCCCUGAAGGUGCACAAAUACGGGACGAAAACCGCUCAGGAUGACGCUGCUGACUUUGGAGUGACUCUACACGCUGAAGUACUCCCAUACCUUCGUGGCACCCUGCCGCAGACCAAAUCUUCUCCCCAUCGCAACGCUAGUGACGACAGGGCCUCUUCAGGUGUGGUGACUGGAUGCGGCCAGGCCGAGCAACAGAUAAGGGAAAUGUUUAAUGUGUUUCUGGAAGUCGCUGACCGUUUGACGGGUAAACUGGAGCCUCGUUGGAGUCUGCUGGAUGCAAGAGGCUUCGUACGGCGCCUUAUCAAAGUAAACUAUGAUUGUGACGAACGUCAAUACCUCUUUACCAAGGAGGUUUCCUACCCGCCGUAUUGGACAGCGCAAAAAAACAUGGGGCCUGUCUCGUUGUUUCCAGACAACCGCGUUCUCAUGCACCGAUCACCUCAGGGCACCGCGGUGUUUCUCAACCGUAACAUUUACUUGUGGGAAACAUAUUGGAAAUAUCGCCAGCAACUGGUGCUGGCGCGCGGGUGUAGUUCUUUUUCAGUGCCGGUGGCGUUGAGAGAGCAACCUCACUUCUUACCGUGCAGCGACGAUUGUGAGGUCAACGAACGAUUCUUGUGGUACAACUGCAAGGACGAGGAGGAGGCAUGGCAAAUAUGUCUCGAGGGGACUAAAGAAGAAAAAUGCCGGUUUGCAUUUGUUCCGCCGUGGAUGGAGGCCAAAAAACAAACACGCAACGAUGACAACCCGUGGGCCACGUGGGCAAUCGUGUUCCGCGUCGCACUGGGGGCUGUGGUGAGUGAUGAGGACGAAAUGGAAACAUGUUGCGUACCGUCAGCGGGGCCUGACACCGGCCUCUUUGUUGUGCAGCGAUGCGCGAUGGUGAGAGGCAGCGGGCCCGCGGCAGGUCAGUGGGAAUUGUCGGUGCCGUCACCCGGUACGCGAAGUUAUCCCGAAUACCUCGUCCGCUGGUUUCACAGCUAA